AUGGGUGACCCUGAAGAUGAAGUAGUCGAUAUGGACCUGGACAGUGACUCCGAGACAAGUAAAACUUGUAAAAAUCCUGAAUUUGUUAAGGAUCUUUGUACAUCACAAUCUAUUCAACGCAAUACUGUUAUUAUUCAAAAAUCUCCUGAAUUUAUUAAAAAACCUGAACAAAUCCAAUCCAAAAUUUCUCCUAAAAUGAUCAACGCUGAUCUUCCUGCCUUAAGCAAAUCCCUGCCACAAAAGCUGUCUUUGUCACCUAUUCCCUCUACCUCAAGUCAUCUUUGCCAAGCUUCGCUCUCAAAUCAAUCUAUAUGUCAAGAUUCUUUGACAAAUGGUCAAAAUUUAAGACCAUCUCAUUCAAAACUUUUCUCCUUUCGUCUUUCUCCUAAACCUAACCCUUUCAAAUAUAAAAUAAGGGCUAAUUUUAACGUCAAUCAGGAUUCUCUAACUAUUCAACCUCGAUCAAAUAAUCUUUUAUCCGCUUUUGGUAACAACCGUUCCACAAACCUCAAUGUCUCUCCGACAUCUGAGGCUCACAAAGAAAUUCGUCCUCCUUCCGUAUCAGCUGAUCUCUUAAAAUCUGAAUUCUCCUCUAAAGUAAUUCCUUCAGCUACUCAAAAUACUCAUGUAAUGGAUUUAGAUAACAAUUUCAAACCAUCUACUACAAUUUCUUCUUUACCAAUUAAUUGUGAAGAAGGGGAAACAAUGCUUACUAAUAAUUCCAUUAAUUCCAUCCAUUUUCCUACUGCUCCUUCCAAAUCUUGUGAAAAUCAUUUGAACCUUUUUGAAAAUUUCAAUAAAAUAGAUUUAAAUAAUUCUUUAAAUAUCAACCAUUUUCAUUCUUUACCCAUAAAUCCUUCCGUUACUACUAAAUUCGAUAAAAUGGAUUUAGAUCACUCUUCAAUUGUUACUGCCACAUUAUCUAAUCCAAAUUUUAAACCACUCAUUAAUUCGGAUUUAAAUAUCUUUUUAGAUAAUAAUAACGUCAAUAUUACAAAUUCUACUACUAUACCAAUUAUUGAUUCUGUUGAAAAAGAUAUUAAAAUGGGUUUAAUUCAAGAUCUUAAAGCCUCUGAUAUUUUGAAUUCUAUUAAUGAAAAAGUUGGUUUAAAUAACAAAGAAGAAUUGGAUGUCAUCGUACAAUCGGCUUCUUUUGGUUCCGAUGAACAAAUUUGUCCUCAAAAUUCUUCUAUCAUUGAAUUAAAUAAUUCUAUUACCAAUAAUAAUAAUUUAUCCAAUCAAUCUCAAAAAAAGAAAGUUGAUAAGGGUAAACAAAAAGAAGUUUAUAAUGAAGAUGAAAGUCUUGAUUUAAAAAAUGGUUCAAUAAAUGAAAAAGAAAUUAUUACAACUUCUCAAGAUGAUUUAAAACAAGUAACCGAUGAAUCAGAAUUACCUAAGGAUGUUCUUGACAGAUAUCAAGUUCUUGAUAAUGCUUUAUAUGAAUUCGAUCAAGCUACUCAAAGAGCAUAUGAAGCAUAUCUUAAUUUAGAAAAAAUUUUACCUACUGGAACAAUUAUCAGAAUAGACCCUCCUACGACUGAUAGAUGGAAAAUUAUAAAAGAAAUGAUGGGAAUGUCUUCUAAGAAAAGAUAUAGGUUAAAUGGAAUUUCUAACAUGCAAUCGAAUAUACAACCGAAUAUACAAUCGAAUAUACAACCUAAUAUACAACAGAAUAUACAAUCGAAUAUACAACCGAAUAUACAACCGAAUAUACAAUCGAAUAUACAACCGAAUAUACAACAGAAUAUACAACAGAAUAUACAACAGAAUAUGCAACCGAAUAUACAAUCAAAUACUCAACCUAAUAUACAACCGAAUAUACAACCGAAUAUACAAUCAAAUACGCAUCCGAGUACGCAACCUAAUAAACCAGAUAUAUCAUCUGAUGUCCUUCCUGAUGAUGAUGAUUCAAAUAUUGGAUCAAGGAAACGAAGUUCCAGAAAGGUACAUGAAACUCGAAGCCAGAAACCACCUAGUGCAAAUCUACGCAGUAAGACACUCACUUCUUUUGCCGAUAUCAACAAGCCGACAUUACAAUCAGAUUUAAGUGUCGCUCGACGAAGAUCUUCAAAACAAAGUUUACAAAGUCCUAAAUCCGCAAGAAAUACUAGAAGCUCAACCAAGGAAAAGGAAAUCGAUUCCUCAUACAAAAUUAAAUUUUCUAAUAUGAAAACUUAUGCCAGAAAGCAGAAUAAAAGUAUUCCCGAGAGUAUCUUGAACCUUACAGAUUUUACAAGCUUUCCUGAAAACGAUGAACAAAAGAAACCAACUACUGCUUUUGGAAUUUAUUGUUUGGAACUCGCUACCGUUCACUUUUACGGAAAGGGAAUGUCUAAUCAAGAAUUCGUUACUUUUGCUGCUGGAUGUUGGACUCAAUUGUCUGAUGAUAAUAAAGAAGAAUACGAAAAAAGGCGACGUAUUAUGGUUCAACAAAUUAAACAAAAAAUAACUCAACAACAACAACGAGAUCCACAGAUUGAAUCUUCAAGAUCUGCGAGAAAAUUCAAUUGA